GGACGUGAUGGCGUCAUGUUGGCCACGCCUUCUCCUACGUCAACGAUCAUGGCGGCGCCCUAAGCGAGAAACUUCCAUGCGUAAAUGAAGUGCUUGUAGUUUUAAAGUGAUCUACAUAAAGACAGGAGAAAGAUGCCAGCAGCACUAAACCUCGGCAAUGAGGUGGUGAAAAUGAGAGCCGAGGUGAAGCGGGUGAAGGUCCUCAUCAUUCGCAAGCUCACCCGCCAGAUCUUCGCUCUGAAGAAGAAGAAAGGGACCGAAGCCGACCUGGAGAGGAACCAGAGGAGAGCGGCAAGGUUGCUGGAGGAGAUCCACGAACUGAAGGCACUCGCACCAGACAGUGUCACCAAGGCUGCCCUGCAGAGUGACAUCAGCUUUGAGAAAGUGUGCCAGAAUAAAGACUCCACCCUUUCAGAACGCGCCACAGCCCGCAUUGCCACACACCCCGAGUUCAGCAAGAGAAUCCAGAACAUCAAAAAUGCCAUAGAAGCCUUUAAAGCAGAGAGGACAAGUGCUGAGAGAGCCGAAAAGAAGAAAGAAAAAAAAUCUAAAGACGUCGACCAACAAGAGAGAGAAUCAAAACUAGAUAGUGAUGACAAAGAGGGCUCAGAGGAUGACGAUGAUGUUGGCGAAGACGAUGAUGACGGCGAUGAUGAUGAUGGUUCCUCUCAAAAGGUCCAGAAAGCAGAUGAAGAGAAUGUACAGGAACCAAUGAAGCAGAAUAAGGAUCCAGUCACAGCAAAAGAGAGUUCCUCAGGAACAAUUAGCACUCCAGUUGAGGUGGUGAGGAUGAGGAAGGAGGUGAAGAAACUCCGGGUGCUGAUUAUCCGGAACCUCACCCAGCAGCUCACCGGUCUCAAGAAGGCAAAGCCUGAAGAGACCGAGCUAAAAGGGAACGUGGAAUGUGUGGCACGGCUGCAAGAAGAAGUACAGGUCUUGAGGACGCUUCUACCUGACCACGUUACCUCCAGAGCCCUCGAAGGGAGCAUUGAUAUGGAGAAAGUGUUCCAGGAUCCAGAGUCUAGUGCGACGGAGAGAGCGACAGCACGGAUCGCAACACACCCAUGCUUCCUGAAGAAGCUUCAAGAUGUCAGAAAAGCCAUUGAAGAAGAGAAGACGAAGGCCGCAAAAGCUGGAGAGGAGAACAAGGCUGGAGAGGAGAAUAAGGUUGAAGAGGAGAAUAAGGGUGUAAGUGAAAUGUUGAAUGCUGAAGAUAGUGAUGGUGAGGUUGAAGAAGAGGAGGAGGAGGAGGUGGCUAGUGAUGAUGAUGAUGAUGAUGAUGAUGAUGAUGAUGAUGAUAAGGAGGAGGAGGAGGAGAAGGAGAAAGUAAAGGAGAUGCAUCCGACCUUGACAGUAAUUCCAAAGUCUAACGUUGAAAAGCCACCAGAGGACACCAAGUUGGCUUCUGCAAAAGAGAAAUCAAAAGGAGCAGAGCUGGAAAAAGCUGUGAGAAGUCCUGCAAAUCCAAAAUCUAGUUCCAAACCACCAGUCAAAGCAGUCCAGAGUCUGCCAUCCAAGACCAAAGAAGCAGCACCACCACUGGGACAAGUCUCCAAACCUGACACCGAGAAACCAGAAAACAGAAAGGACAAAGAAGAGUCGGACAUGUCUGAGUCUGAUGAAGAGAAAGAGUAUUUUGACGACAGCACCGAAGAACGUUUCCACAAGCAGUCUUCCUAUUCAGAGCAGAGCGAUGACGAUGACUUCUUCCUCGGCAAAGUGAGCAAGCUGAAGAAGAAGAAAAGCGACACUGCGCCCAGAAAAGAAAAAACAAACGACCCUAACAAAGCUAGCCAGACACCUCAGUUCCAAAUGCAGUCAGUCUUCUGCUCCACCCUGUCCAAAUCCAGCAGUUCCUCUCAGAAGGGUGGUCCAAAGCCACCGCGUUUCCAGAACCAGAAACGUUCACAAGGUGACAAAAAACCAUCGUGGGUUAAAAGCCAAGGUUCUGGAAGGGAAAAAAGGCCUCCGGGAUUUAAAAAUCAGAUGCCUGGAUCCAGAGAGAGUUCAAAGCAGAAAGGUCCAGGAGGAGAUCAAACUGGUAAACCUGCAUUCGAGCGGAAAAACACUCCGUUUAAUAAAGCAGGGACGCAUUCCCAGCAGGCCCUGCAUCCGUCAUGGGAAGCCAGCAAGAAGAGGAAGGAGCAGCAGGCUCAGAUCACAGCCUUCCAAGGGAAAAAGAUCAGAUUUGAUGAUGAUGAUGAUGAUUAACAUAUUUCAGGAUCAUUCUUUAUGCGUUAAGACAUUUACACUGACAUUUACAUUCAGUGUCAUAAGAUAUCUGUCAUAUUUGUUUCAAAUCAAAGUUCAUUCAUUCAUGUUGACAUGUUGGCAUGGUUUAAGAUCUUUUUUACAGCUGUGUGUGUAAAUCCUGAAUAAAAUGUAAAUAUGUGUUUUCAUCCUAGAACUUUUCUUGAUGAAGGUAAUUGAAAAUUAGUAUGACUUCAACAUUUCUCUCUCAUGAUCAUUUUAUUUCUGGAACCUAUUAAGGAAUAAAACACUUCAGGGCAUGUCAUUAUAGGAAAAUAAUCAAUGAUGAGAUUGUUAUUGGAGUUCUUUUUCUUACACUGAACAGUAUGGCCUGAAGUGUUUUAUUCCUUUUAUACUACAGCAAUUUGCCCAUGAUUUAAAUUUUUGAUUUAUUAAUGAACAACACCUCAUGCUUUAUAGCCGUUUAUAAUGUCCACGAGACGAGUUCGUUCCUGUUAUCAGACAGUCAUUCCCUUAUAAGCUUCUCUCUUGAAUUUUAUGCCUUGGAAUAAAGAUUUUAAAUGUCCUUUGUCCUGAUAAUGGUGGAAAACUGUUAGAAAAUGCUGACAUUGGAAACUCCUUCCACAAAUGUUAAAUAAAUAUCUCCUUGCAGAAAACUUCACCAUA